AUUUCCCAAAAUGGCGGCGUCCAUGAACAUGAAUCUUGAUUGGUAGAACAUGGCAGCAACUAUGAGCUCGAAUUUAAAGAGGACACUGGUAGACCAAGAUCCCGAUUAUGAUGAAAUUGUUGAUUCUCAAAGCAAGAGGAGGAGGGUGAUAGAAAAAGAUGCAAAAGAUGCAACAGUCCACAGAAUUGAGGCUAUAAUUCAGAGUCAAUUUUCCCAGGAGUUUAAAAACAAGGAGGCUGAGGCUGAAGAAAUUGACAGGAGGCUUCAACAGACACGGACAAUGUUGGAUAGACUGAGAGCAUGCAUAGUGGCCAGUUACUAUAGCAACGCUGGGUCGUCACAGUCCAAGUCAGAGCCAGCAAUGCCUUCUAUCCAUCCUACUGUGAAAAAGCAUUUGGGGAAAACGGUGAAGAAUACAGAGGUGAUUGGUCAGUCAGAACUAGGUCCAGGUCAGGGGUCACAUGCUCAAGAAAGGGGUCAAGUUGGAUUGAAGGAGCAGAGUUCUGGGAGCAGUGUGUCUGGGAAGAGUGAGAGAAGAGAGACACAGUGUUCUCAAGCAGCCCCUGCUGUUUCACCCUCCAGGGGAGGAAGAUUUAAGAUAAAAAAGAGAAUCGUUGUGGGAAAUGUGUCCAAAUAUAUUCCUUUUGAAAAGCGAGAUGAGAAUGACCACGCGACGCACAAAUGGAUGGUAUACGUCAGAGGGUCUAAGGAGGAGCCGCACAUUGAUGGUUUUGUAAAGAAAGUGCGCUUUUUUCUUCACCCCAGUUACAGACCUAAUGACUUGGUGGAAGUUAGUCAGCCUCCAUUUCACCUGACGCGGAGGGGGUGGGGGGAGUUCCCCAUCAGAGUCCAGCUUCACUUUAGGGAUCAGCGCAAUAAAAGCGUGGACAUCAUUCAUCAGUUGAAGCUGGACAGGACUUACACUGGCUUGCAGACUUUGGGAGCUGAAACAGUUGUAGAUGUCGAUCUAGAAAAAGCAGAGAGUAUAGUCCCUGUCGCAAAAACAGCUGCUGCGACAUUGACAACAUCAGCAUCACCAGUAGCAGAAAGCGUAACAAACCAUACAGAAUACCAGAUGAAAAGAACAGAAGAAAGUCAUUCUAAGCUAAAAUCUAGCUCAGACACUGCUAAAGUGAAAACUGCUGGAGAUAAAUUUAAUCAAGUUGUCACUCCAGUGAAAAAGAAUGGUUUGGUUCAGAAUGCCAUGAGUAGUACUGAAAGCAAUACGCCCACUAAAAACUUUUCUGACCCUGUUUGCCAAUUACAGAUGAAGAAAAUAGACAACUCUCAUUCAGGUCAUCAGGAGAAGCUUGGGGUCGGCACAGCCCCUCGCGAUAACUCUAAAAGUCCUGUGGGAAAAACAAAAUGUGAUUCACUUAAAACUGACAAUUUGGGAGGAAGCAAUUCUCCGGGACUAAAAGCAGCAGCUGCAUUACCUUUGAUGGGAUCAGCCCCAAUAGACACCAAAGCCAAAACCACCUUGGCAUCUGUGGUAACACAGGAGAAUUUACCAGUGAUAAAUAGCAAUACAGAUCAAAUACUAAUGACUAAAUUGCCACCAGGUAAACAAACUCCAGUGAAAGUGAAACUCCCUGCAGCAGACAGCAAAGUGUCGGCAGCUGGCUCAAGUAAUGUCUACGUCAGGUGUGUUGAUGCCCAGGGCAAAGUCUACCUCAUUCCGCAACAUUUAUUGGUCAAAAGCACACCAGGGGGCGCCACAGUCCCACAUGGUGCAGCCAUACCUCAGGGGAAAGUCCUACAAUUGAAUUCAGGUUCGGAUGUCUUGUUGGGAGGCAGACUGAGUCCCAAAGGUCAAGGUCAGAUGCUGUCACUUGGCCAAGGUCAAGGCUCCCAGCCAAUUGUAUUUUUGCAAAACAGUGCACUUGUGCAGGGGAAUUCAUCUCCUGUACUGCAACAAUCUCCUACAAAAUUAGGUCGAUCUGUUUCAGGGCAGAAUACUGGAGUGGUGAAAACGGCAUCCAGUGGUGCUGUAAACUCAGCCACAAGCCUUUUAGGAAAAAGCUUCACAAUCUCAGGGACAAGAAUAGGUGGACUGAAUAACUCCUCAAACCAAGCUGUCACUGCUGCCGUUACAUCUCUUCUUAGGUCGCCUCAGAAAGUAGGUCAAGGUCAGCAGGCACAAGUGGGAAUUCAAGUUCAGGGUCAGAUUAUAAAUUCAGGUCAAGGUCAGGUGUCAAUAUUGAAGCCUGGGUCUGUGCUGAAAGGCAUUGUGAAAGGCACCCCCUCACCCAGUUUCUCCCCUGGGAGAGCUGUGUUGAUACAAGGGGGCACUCCACAGACACAGAGAUCAGGGAGUACCACCCCAGGGGCAUCACCCCAGAGACCCACCUCAGCCCAGGGGGUGUAUAUCAAGUCAGAACCCGGCAGUCCCAGGGGUGGCACUCCAGUUAAUUUAGUCUCUCUUCCUGGGUCCUCUCGUAGCAGUCCUGCCAGGUCACAUCCAGGAACUCCCGUUCACCUCCUGGGGAGGGCGGGAACCCCUGUUAACACCCCUGGAUCAAUAAUCCCCGGGCAUGGUAGCCCCACUGGAGGGAUAAGUGUGACCAUAAAGCAGGAACCAGGGGCCCUCUCUGCUGCACAGCUGGGCAUAAGUGCCCUCACUGGGUCAAAACCCCCUCAGACGGAGCCUGUGCAGUUUGUGGACCCAGGGGUGGCACCCCAGAAUCUAGCAGGAGGCCAGAAGGUCCACCACCUUGUAUUAUCUCAGGGGAUAAAGCAAGAGAGUGCUGUUGGUCAGGUGUUCAGUAACUCUGCUCAGUUGACUGUCGUCCAGAAUGCCUCGAGUUCUGACUCAGAACCCCGUGCCAGUGACUUGGGCAUCCCCACACAAAAGGUCACUUUGGGGACAUCGGUUUCUGGUAAUUCUGGUGGUCAGGUAGGACAGUGGACAGUGGUCAAGAGUUCAGUUGGGAGGAAAGAAAACCCUGCAGCUUCUGCUCUGUCUCAACCAGCCCAGAACUCCAUGAGUAAAGAUAUCAAUGUGGCAGUUACCUCACCUACUGUGACAGUGACUGCCUCCUCUCCAGCUGUGUCGUCUGCCUCAACUUCAACAGUCUCUCAAAAUAUAGUCACCAUGAUUGGAGGACAGCCAUUUUUGGUGUUCAACCAACAGGGCGGCGCCACCAGCACCUCUGGCACCAGUGCGCCACUUAUGUUGGUGCCGGCGGUGCUGGGGAAAAAUGUGCAGCAGUUUAAUGUUGCCACAGGGAAUAGUAAGCAACCAUCUGCAAAGUUGACACAUGGCGCCACCUAUGUGGUUGGAUCAGCCAAUGAAAAACAUUUGUCAGAAUCCAAGAGCAUUAUGUCCAAGAAAAACUCAUUGGUAGCUGAGGACUCGAGGCCAACGGAAAAUGUAGACAUUGAGAGAGUAAUCAGUUUAUCGGAUAUGGAGGACAUGGAGUGUCUUGUGAAAACCUUGGUGAAACAACACCCCCUGGUGGCAACAUACACAGCAGCCUCUGGUGAGGAGAAUGAUUCUCCACCCAUUCACAGGCACUUGCAUCCUUACUGUGCAAAGACAAAGGAAGAUUUCUUCAAGUGGAAUAUCGGAAAAAGGAGGGCAGCUGAGUGGCAGAGAGCCUGCUGGGUAAGAAGAAAGAUGAAAACACUGCUAGUGUGGAAAGAAGAGUUUAAAGGAGAGAAACUGUGGAGUACCAAGCAGAUUAUGUUGUGGUGCAGAUAUCAUUGUUAUACUCCAAUUCUUCAAGAAUCAAGACAAUUGGUAUUUCCCAGUCUAUACCACUCUGGACAGAAGUUUAGCAGUUACACUGGAUCCAAAGAUAUGAUGGAAAAAAUAGACACCCUCAUUGCCAAGAGAGGAACACAGGAAGAGGAAGAUGUAGUUAUAGAUGUUCUUCAAGAUGUGUACACCUGUUCCAACAAAUCUGAUGUCAAGGAGGAGUCUCCAGUGAAAAAAGAUCCAUUACUACAUACCCUUCCCAUCAGUCCAGCUGCUGAGUUUGUGCACGAAACAGCGCGGGAAAUUGGCAUAUGUUAUCAGCCAGUUGAAGUUUGGCGUGACACUCAAGCUAACGUUCUGGAGGAUAUGAUUCUCUCUGCAGUAAAAUGUUUAGCAGACGACAUAAUCAGAGGAGCAUUUUCAUUGGCUAGUCAAAGUAGGGGAUUCCCAGAAGAACUUACUCCUAUAGACAUAUACAGGUCAAUUGAAGCACAAAAGAAAUGCGAUUUCCUCACCAAUAAACAUCUUGGAAUUGAUAGAAAUGAAGCACUUGGAUUGUCCAACAUGUCUGACUCAGUGUCAAGAUGACUUGGUCAGUUGCAGAAGCAGAGGAGAGGAAGUUUAUUCUCAGGGACUUUAUUAUUUAUUUGUUUCUUUUGUCACAUCCUAAUAUAGAUUUAAGACCAGUAGUUGCUCUUUUGUUAACAUUUGGAUUUUUCUCUGAAUUAUUUUACACUUGAGGAAUUGUGAGAUCUGUAAUAUAGUGACUGCUCUUUCAAAUCAAGAUCAGAUUACGAGGCUCCACUCUGCAUGCCUUGAGGACUGUUUCACAUAGGAAAAAUUAAUGGAAUUAUAUCCAUAUUUGGCAUUUAUUGUAUUCAAUGAGAUUUGUAUUUCAAGGCAAAUACAGCAGUGUUUGACUUAGAGCAAGGUGGUUAUAUUUCUGAAAAAAAAAAGAAAGAUGUCUUUUUGUAUUUGUUCAUGGUAGUAAAACAUGCUGUAAAAAAAACUAAAACUAGAAUGUACUGAAAUAGGUAUAUGUAUUAAAGGGUCGUAUGGUUUGAUUUAAAUUGAAGUGUGCAGGAAUGUGUAAGAACGUGCACGUGCACGUGUGCGUAUGCAAGUGCAUGCACACAUCUGUCUUACAUGAGGAGCUUCAGAUAAAAUAUGGAAAGUACUACCUGAUGCUAAAGGGUUAGGUCAAGGAAAUUUAAAAGCACCUGAUUUUUGGCCUUAGAGGGUGAAUUUAUAACAUUUGUAUACACCAAAUAUCUGUUUGGCCUAAUUUUUACACUUAAUAAUUGAAAUAUGUCCUAAGGAUGAACUAUUUGAUAUUUAUUAUGUUUGUUUAUAAUUGUUGUUUUUUGCUGUGUGAGAUGGUUUUGCAUAUUGAAACUGUCAUUGUAAAUGACAGCACUAGAUGUUUGUUUCUGAAAGGUGGUUAAACGUAAUGAUAAUAAGAUUGGUUAAAAAUGAUAGACUUUGUUAAUGUUAAAAAUAAUAAACUA